AUCAAUUAGGCCAAACUGAGCAUCUGUGAGUCGUUUACAAUUGGCGGUUACUCGUAUGCAUCCAAGGCUUCCUGUCAAAUAGUGUCGAUCCUUGACAAGAGUAUCCAAGUCCGACUUUCUAGCACAGCCAUCGCGUGCAUCAGAAGCCAAGAAGGCUCUAUUGCCACGCGUCCGAACUGGGGCCGAUACGAUUGCGGCGCCACAGGGAUUCGUGAUUGAUUACCCAGAGGACCACACACAACCUUUGGAGUGCGAUCGUUGUUUCGAUAAGAGAGAAAGUCUAUUGGGGGUCAUUUUUCUUUCUACGAUGGAAUCAGACCGAGGGCGGGGCUCGGACAAAUGCCCAAGAAGAAACAGGAACCCUUGGCCCUUGGGGAAAGAUCAUCUUCUUGCUUCGUCUUGUUCUUCUUUGCCAUUGGAAAAGGCAUUGUCUGGUCGCUUUGCGUGCUGGCUGGCUUACUCACACCCACAACUUUCUUCUCAGCCACCUAUCUUCCUUCUCCGCCCCAUCUGGAUCGGAUCCAAAAUGGUGAUCAUCCCUUUUCUCCAUCAGCCAGUUUCUCACACAUUAACUCCGUGUUUUUUUGGGUAAAAGGACCAUGUCGUUUGAUUGGCGCCACCAUUGCCAGCCCAUGGUCACAGACCAUGUUAAUCGCAACCAUGUCCUCAACCUCGUCACGAACUGGGCCCCGAUUCAUUGCCGCUCCUCUGUUCUUUACCUACCUGGAAACUGGUAAGUAGAUGACAGGGUGACGCGUGACGGGAACGAGGAGCGACGUACUCAUUUAGAACAGCAUGAGCUCGCCUUCGCCAUUAUGUGUACUCCGAUAUCUCGAUGACGCUGUCAUGAGUUAACUUACAUGUUACAGUGGCUUUGGCCCUCAAGCAGCCCCCCCCCAAACGCCCCCGUGUGCGGCUACUGGGACAAAAUCUAGGUACUAAGCAGUCCAACCUAUCAGAGUACUUUCUCAAGGGCCUGGAGAGCUCCUGAGGGGGGCAAAAUGAGUGGAAAGUUCCUUUUAUGGAAAUCCUCAACGACAAGACAAGCCAAGCCAACUGCUGCCGCUCUCUUCUAUUCUUUCUUUCCUUCCCAUCGCGAUGCGGUACAUGUGCAAAUUAUGAAGUACGUCCGAAUGAGCAAAAUCCCGUCUCCGUCUUGUCACAAAUCUUUUUUUUUUUUUUUUUUU